UCAUGCUGCUGCCCAAGUCCAGAGUCUCUCAUGGGUCCCUGUACGGCCUCCCAUUGCUGCUGUCUCCAUCGCCACACUCUGCCAUGUGCCACUUUCAGGUCUCUUCACACUGCUGGUGUGUUAAAUUUUUUGACAUAGGGUGCUGGCAGAUUACGGGCCUCCUCCAUAGCUGCUGCCAGGCCCCUAAUCUGCCAUGGGCCCCUAUAUACCGCCUCCUCAUGCUGCUGCCAAGUCCAGAGUCUGUCAUGGGUCCCUGUACGGCCUCCCAUUGCUGCUGUCUCCAUCGCCACACUCUGCUGCCAUGUGCCACUUUCAGGUCUCCUCACACUGCUGGUGUGUUGAAUUUUUUG